CCCAGAAGCGUUAUUACAGGCAGAGAGCCCACUCUAACCCAAUGGCUGAUCAUACGUUCCAAUAGUGAGUGUCACAGGGGAGAAGAGAUUGUUUUUGUCAGAAAUUAAAAUGAGUCUUGCCAGCCCAGUGAAACCUGAAGUAAUGGAUUGGUCAGAAUACUAUCCUGAAUUUUUCAAGCCCUUGGUACCAGAUUGUGCCCAUGACGAUGCAAAGGAUUUACAAGAGAGAAAGGAACAGCAUCAGGUGGAGUUUGCCGAUGUCGGCUGUGGAUAUGGCGGGCUGCUAGUUGCGUUAUCACCUCUAUUCCCAAACACGCUUAUGCUGGGACUGGAGAUCCGAGUGAAGGUUUCGGAUUAUGUGCAGGACAGGAUUAAAUCUCUGAGAGCUUCCCAUCUGGGUCAGUAUCAGAAUAUUGCUUGCAUUCGAAGCAACGCCAUGAAGUACCUUCCCAACUUCUUCAAGAAAGGCCAGCUGAGCAAGAUGUUCUUUCUGUUCCCUGAUCCUCACUUCAAGAAGACAAAGCACAAGUGGAGGAUCAUUAGUCCUACUCUACUGGCAGAAUAUUCCUAUGCGCUACGUGUUGGGGGUAUGGUGUACACUAUAACGGACGUUGAAGAGGUUCACGAGUGGAUGGUGAAACAUUUCACUGAGCAUCCUCUGUUUGAGCGAGUUGAAAAGGAAGAGCUGGUCAGCGAUAUUAUUGUGGAUAAACUGGGUACUUCUACGGAAGAAGGAAAAAAGGUCCAGAGAAACAAAGGACAGAACUUUUUGGCAGUAUUUCGCCGCAUAGAAAAUAGAACAUUCAUACAGAGAGACUCCCAGCAGUAGAAUGGACAAAAAUCUGAUAUGACUUUUUUUUUUUUUUUUUUAAUUCAUGUUGCCAUGGAAAACUGAUUGACUGAGUUGCUUCUUUAGGUAUUUGUGUGUUGUACAUGACUGAAUCUGCCAAGAAGAAUAUAAAAAGGGGAGCAGCUGAAGGGAAAGAUAUAGACCCAUGUCUACUGAGCUAUUAAACGUUUAUACAGAGCAGUGCAAGUGGCAGAAUUUAAUACAUAUGCAGAAUCAGUACUGUUAUGGAUAUCUCCACUUCUGCGUUUGAGCAUGAUGCCAGUAUUUGGUAGAAAACAGCUGCAUGGACUGAGGUUGCUGAAUAUGUAAAGGGGAACUAUCAGGAAAAAUACAAUUUAAUAUGAACUUCAUCUCAUGGAAAUAAGAAACUUCAUAAAUAUCAUCCAUUAAAGAUUUCUGUAACGUUACUGAAAUCAAGAGUCAGCCUCUGAUUCAUAUAGCUCAUAUUACAUUUUUAUGAUAGUUCCCCUUUAUUAAGGGCUCACAUUCCUUCUUUACUCUUUUUUUUCUUUUUUUUUUUCCCCCCAUAUUCCCAAUUAAUUGCCUGCCUUGCUUUGUGGUUUCAAAGAACACCAUAAAGGUGCUUUAGGUAUUUAAUUUUUCAAAGAAAUGUUCACUUUAAAGAAAAAAGCAAUAAAGUCAUCUGUAAAAUUUUUAAUAAACAUUGCUUUUAUAAAGCAA